UGCUCGCGAUCCCUGGACGUGGUAGUGGAAGAUCUACAGUUAUUUUACCUUUUAUCGAAGUUACGAAAGUUAUACGAACGAAGAAUUUACGAAAAUGGCUGAAAUAAGGGAUUUCGGUCCGAGAAAGACGAUUUUUAUCCUGGCCAUUGUUGCCGGGUGUUUUGCGGUAUUAUGGCCGAAAAUUUUCUACCCUAUGCUCACAGCAUCUGUCACUACUACACAUCAACCAUCCGAUAAUUCUGCAUGCUGCGGCGUAUUCUUUGAAAGCGAUGUCACCGCCGCUGAUAUUAUGUACGAAAUGUGUCAGAAUAUAUUGAAACACCAUCGAAUUGAUCCAAGAGUAAGAGAUGCUUUGAGAACAGUAAAAUUGACACCGCAAAGUGCAAGUUUGUGUAGAGAAGAAAUUAUAGCCAGAUGUGGUAUAGAUUUGUCUACAUUUCUUGCCGAAAGAGAAAGCUUAGGAAAAUCUUAUAAACAAGUUUUAGAAGAGGUCAGAUCGUUCAAUAGUUCCCUUUGCCUUAAAAUACAUUUUGGCAUACCUCUUUCUCAACUAGGAACUCCACAUCUGAUCAGAUACCAUAUUUUAAUGCCACACAGCACCAUAAAGCAAGAAAGGCGUACACCUCCACAUGCAGGUGGUCUGCAUCCUGCAUUGAUAGAACGUGGUAGAGCUAUACCGUCGUCUCAUAUUGUACCAAAGGUUACAGAUAGACCUGAUCAUGUUGUGCCAAAAAUGAGACCACCCUUGGGAGGUGCAGGACAUGUUGUUCCUGCACCAAAAGGGAAUGGUACCAUGGGAAUCAUUAUGCCAUUAUAUACCUUAGGCAUUGUACUGUUUUUUUUGUAUACAAUUGUCAAGGUACUGAAGAAAAAUUCAGAUAGUGAAAUCAUUGCAGAGUAUCCAGGAGCUGCAGCAGAGAAAGAAUUUAGAAAGAUGGUAUUCAGCCCUGAAGCUUUUACUACUGCUAUGACUGGUGGUUCAGUGCCUCGUCAGAAAGAGAGAUCUCCAUCACCACAAAAACCUGCUCCCACCAUACAGGAAUUAAAGGAUCAAGCGGCAGGAGACAUAGAGAUAGAUCAACUGAGACGACGUUUGGUCGAGACGGAAGCAGCCAUGGAAAGAAUUGUUGUUCAGAUGGGCAACAUAUCACGUUCAGUUAUGCAUAGUCCAAGCUCACAGCAAGAACUCAAGGACGAUACCGCUGCCGAUGGUGAACAUAGUAAAGCAGAUGAAGAGGUAGCAAACAUAGAACAAUCGCCAACUGUUAAAGUAAUGGGUAUGGAAAUGACAGCUAGUUGUGAGGGUAAGGGUAGUAGACCUACUACUCCUAUAAUACCAAUUACACCUAGUCAUGUUGAGAGGGAAAAAACACCGCCAAAACCGAUAUAUUUAGAAGGUGCACUCCCUCCGCAAUGCGAAUUGCUUGUAACAGAUUCUGAGACACAAGCUCAGAAAGUCGAAGAGGAUGUAGAAGCACCAGUUGUACUUUCAGGCAAAAUGACUCUCUCUCUCAUCAGUCUCGACCAAAAUGCAGCUGAAUCUGAAGAGGAAGAAGAUCGGGAAAUACGAUAUACGGAAGACGCAACACAGAUCUUAAACACAGAAGACGAAGAAGAAACGUUGAACAUUGAGACAAUUGCAGGUAGAAAAUACGAGGUACAUGGCGAAACAGAGAGUAAACACAAAAUUGAAGAUGAACAAAACGAAAUAAGCGAAGAGACGGGGCAAGAAGCAAAAGAAUUAAGAGUAGGUCUGGAAGAAGAAAGAACGGAAAGUGAUGCAGAAGAUGAUCAACGAGACGAAGCAAAGAAGAUCAAAGUAAAUUACGACGAAGAGAGGGAAGAGGAUGAAGAAAAACAGGAAGAAAUAGAAGAGACUGAAGAAGAGGAGGAAGAAGUGGAAGAAAUCGAAGAAGAAGAAGUAGAUGAGGAAGAAGAGAUAGAGCUGACUGAAGAAGAGGAAGAAGAAGUCGAAGAAGAAACAGAAGCGGACGAUGAAAGUGAAGAAGAGAAUCAGUCUGACGUCGAAGACGAAGAAGAAGGUGAAGAGGAUGAAGUUGAAGAAGAUAGUGAAGAACUUGAGCAGCAUGAUGAGAGAAGUGAGGAAGAAAAUGAAGAUAAAAGCGAGGUAGAUGAAGAGGUGGAGCCGGAGGAGGAGAUCGAAGAAAGCGAAGAGGAAGAAGAUGACAAUAGAAGAAACAUAUAAAUAAUGUACAAAAUUUUCUGUUAAUGAUAUCAAUGAGAAAUGAUCAAAUAAAUUACUGAAAUGAAAUAGAAGCAAAUGGCGGUGAGAAGAUAACGGCGGUAGUAACAGCAACGAAACGACCGUAAGAAUGCAAUAAGAAAAGUGGAACGAAAGAGACCGAAGGUGAAGAUAAUGGGUUGCCUUAUAACGAAAAGACAGUUGAGAAUUUAAAAAAAAAAAAAAGAAGAGUUUUAACGACGAACUAAUGUUUGACUAAAUCAGUGUUUACCAAUCUUCAAAAUUGCUAGAUCACAAGAAGAAAGAAGGAAGAAAAUAAUCACGAAUGGUACAGAUCUUGGUUAAGCACUGCCAAAGAGCUAAUAAGUUCACAAGACUCGAAUUUAUCGAAUGAUUACAUUAUUGUCUAUUGUAUCGUAGAAUCAGAAAUUUCACAAUCAGAGGGGCCAAAUAAGAGGCAGUGCGUCGUGCAUAUGUCCGAUAAAGAUUAUUGUGCAAUGAAAAUUCGAUAGGCACUAAAUUGAAAGAAAUGAUUAUUAUUCCGAUGUUGAUUACGCAUUGGGUACGGUGAUUGGCAAGCACUGAUCUAAUAUGCUUGUGCACAUACCAAUCGUUUGAGUUUAAUGCUAUUUAGUAUUUUUUAUUAUGUCAGCCAUUUGUAAAGUUUUUCUUCAUUUUUUUAUUUAUG